AUAAACUACGCAGUAAUAUAAUUUCUUCAAGAGUAUUAGUGAAAGUUAAUUUGAUAGAAUUCGACAAGCUGCGACUGGACUACCCGAGGCGGCCUGUGGGGACCAAUAAAAACAUCCGGGUUGUAGAAUAUCCUUCAACUUUUUGCUCCAAAUAUCGGAUUACAAGUAGCGCUGGUUUGUGUGCUAUUGUCUGAGGAUCCGGGUCAAUGUCACAGAGCUAGAGGAAGCCAGCACGAGUCAUAAAUACCAGACCUCUCCGCCACCCACCCGCGCACAGUCACCCUCCUCCAGCUUAGGGUCUACCACAGUUCCCUUAAGUUAUCGUACAGGCUCCCCACUUCCAACACCAGUGGCUCACAGACACGACUGUAUGACGGCCGCAGCAAAAAGAUACAAGUACCUCCGGAGACUCCUGAGGUUCCGUCAAAUGGAUUUCCAGUUUGCAACAUGGCAGAUGGUGUAUCUAUUUAUAUCUCCUCAGAAAGUUUAUAGAAAUUUUCAGUACAGGAAGCAGACCAAGGCUCAGUUUGCCCGUGAUGAUCCAGCAUUUGUAGUUCUGCUGUGCUUCUGGCUGUGUGUUACAUCUGCAGGAUUUGCUGUGGUAUUGAAACUAAGCUUUAGUGGUUUCUUAAGUUUCUUGGUGUACACAAUAUGUGUGGACACCUUGGCUGCUGGCAUCAUCGUUGCUACUGUUCUUUGGUGUAUAACCAACCACUACAUGAUAAAACCAACUUGUCGCGACCAAGACGUGGAGUGGGGUUAUGCGUUUGAUGUCCACCUCAACGCCUACUUCCCUCCACUUAUUAUUCUUCACUUUUUUCAGCUUUUCUUUUAUCAUGUCUUCAUCAGCCAGGACUGGUUCGUGUCAUUGCUCUUCGGCAAUUUGUUAUGGGUCUUCGCCAUUGGUUACUACAUUUACAUUACUUUCUUGGGUUACAGUGCAUUGCCCAUCUUGCAUCGACCAAGAGUAUUCCUGUACGCUCUGCCUCUACUGAUGGUGCUGCUGGUGGUGAGUCUGGUGGUACGAGUCAACUUAUGUGAUGCACUCAUGGGUUUCUACCACUACCGCGUACUCUGAGGUCUCCGGCUGUACCAACCAGUGCUUAGGGAUGAGUGUUCUCUUUGUUGAUACUAGAUUAUGGUACAUCCAGCAUAUUGUUAGUAACAGUGGAUGAAUGUUAUUGACCUUGCUUAUUUGAUUUACUUGGUAUUAAACAUUAUGAUUAGCCCCACGAGAAAGUUACUUUUCCAUUGAAACACUGAAUAAUUUGUGCCAGUUUGAUCAUCUCUUGUGUGAAAGCUUGAUAUAUUUUGUACAGUAUAGAGAAUGAUUUUGAAUGUUAUUUAUUAUUAAAUUGUACAGUGAAAGAAAUAACAAUAUAUUUAGCAGGUGAGGUAUAUUUUGCUGACCUACAAAAAGUAAUGCGUGCAGUAGAUUCUUGAAAAGUCAGAAUUAAUCAUGGGUAAUAUUUUGUUAAUAAUUAUAUGACUCAAAAAUUAUUCUUUAUCAAUUAAAGUCACAGAAACUAAUUCCCCAAUACAAUAUAACAGGUUAAAGCUAUUGAGUGCCACUUUGUUGAUGUUUUCUGUCACUUAACAUUUCUCUCUCUCUGAGAUGCUUAUGGCCCUUUUCCUCUCCCAUCUACCCCCUUGUUUAUGUACCCUUGCUGAGGAACCCCCCUUCACUUCCAUCCCCUCCCAUUCUUGUCUCUCACAGCAAGCAUAGGGAAAGUUGCAUGUUGGAGACAUCUUGGGGAAAGUUGUAUUUAGGGGGACAGCUUGGGAGGAGGUUGUGUGGGGAGAUCCUUGAGGGAACAAAGCAACACACUCACUUCAUUAAAUUGGUGUGCAUUUUCAUGUUUCUUGCUCAAUCAUAUUUAUGUCUUGUCUUAUUGCCUGUAAGUGUUGCAUUUUUUUCCUUUUUGUCAUUCGAUCAAAUACCUGUAAUAGCACCCUUAGCUUUUAAUCUCUUGCAGAAUACUUUAUUUACAUAUUAGUACUAUCUAUAUAUUAUCCUUAUACUUUAGUACAUCAUAGUUAUUGUAAACAAGUUCCUCCUCUCAUAGCUGUAUUGACACACAGUAGCUUAUUCCAAAUUUAUCUCUAAAUCAUAAAGUUCGCGGGUAUCGUUCCUUAACCAAUAAAAACUCAGUUGUACAGUACAAAAACAAAAUAGAUCAUGUGAAUAUUAGGCACCCAACUUAAUUCAGCUGAUGAAUAAAUACACCAUUGCUAACCUAACUUAACCUAACUUAAACCUAGCCUAACAUAACCUAACCAGUAGAAACUCAGAUGUACAAAAAAUUGAUUACAUGAAGAUUAGACAGCCCAGCUUAUUUCACCUGAUGUUUAAACACCCUAACACUAACCUGUUAGUGAUAUUUAAUCAUCAGGUGAAAUAAACUGAGGUGCUUAUUUUAGACUAUUAUUCUCCCAAUAUACAGUAAUUGUAAUCCUCAUUCUUUCCUUUGGAGAUGACUUCAUUAUUUACCUUUCACUGCACCUUUUAUGACCUUUAUUAUACUUCUUAUUGUGUCCACCUCUGUGCACACUACCUUUCAUUCUUGCCAGACUUCCAGACAUCAUAUACAGUAUUUGUUUUUAAUACUGUUUUCUUCUUUUUUAUGCUGUAUAACUUUUCUCUACUUCCCAUGUAAGUGAUGGAUUACUGGAGACAAGCACUUCAAGAAAGGAAUGAAAUGGUCAGAACGGAAAUCCUGUUUGCAAAAUAAGAAUACUGUAGUGCAAGAAAAGUGUAGAAAGGGAUAAAAAAGUGAAAAUUUGUAGUCAUAGUUGAAUUAUUUCUAUAUCUAAAUUACGAAGCUCACAUUGCUUUUAACAUGAACUAUUUCUUGACUUAUCUGAAUCAGUUCAAUAGUUAACCAGGUUAUAAUACUGUACAGUCAUGAGGCACCAAAAAUUUACUCAUGCGGAUUAUAGUUACAGUAUGUAAUUGAGUAAUAAACCAGUGACAGUCUGUGAAUAUAUAAAUGUAGGAAGUUAUUCUUGGAUUAUCUUUUGUAAUUUUUACAAAGUUAGGAUUACAGUACAGUAAUGUACAGUACAGUAUAUGAAGUGAAAAACAGUAAUUUUUGUGAACUACUUAAAGUUUGUACAGUACAAGCUUGUGUAGUCUUGAAGUGUUUAAUCAUUUACAUUUAUCUUUUUAAAGAACUGUAAAUCAUGCUUAUUGAGUUAAUAGGUGUGUGGUUAUGAAAAUAGUUAUAUUGUGACUAGUAGAUAUGUAUACGCAUGGGAAAUUAAUUUAACCCCAGCAUCCAUGUCUAGCUGUAUCAUGUUAUUGUCAUGUUGAACAAAGUACUGAGAAACAAUAUUGACAAGUCAACUUAAAUAAUGAUAGUGACAAGCAGAAUUUUGUAGUACUGUACUGUACCAUUCUGCUUGGUAUCCUGUGCCAGACAUUAGAGGUUGUUGGGAGAUAUGUGGUGUAGUGAAAGUUGUAACUGGUGGCUGACCAAAGAAACUAAGGUAUGAUAUCUAGUACAGUAGCAUAUUAGAAAACUGGUAAUGUCAACUUUAUGUAUUCAGAGUUGGGUACUCUCUUUUUCUUCUAAGACCUCUUUAUAUAUGUACACCUCUGUACACAUAUGUCUGUAAAUUAUGCACAGUGUUGGUACAAUAUGUCCUCUUCCACUGUUGAGGAGAACAGGCCAUGCAUUCUCUUCUCUGCUGCCCUAACCUUGCACACCAAACAUUCCUCAGUGCCAACUUUCUUCUCAUCCAAACAGAAUCCACCUCUGUUGGCCAUGAAAAUCUCAUAUAAACGAACAAGAUACAGAAUUUGAAUUUUUUUUUAAGGAGGGAUAUUUUUUCUAUGUUAGGGAUACAUUUUUUUUCUCUCUCUUAAAGAAGAAAUAUUUAUUGAUACAUAAUAAGAUUCUUGGUAUUCCUGAUAUGAAAGAGGAGGAGGACAUAUGAUUUUUAAUUUGUUCUAACUAAACUUAAGGACAUCAUGCUUCAAUCACCGGCACUGAUCUUGUUUGUAUGAUUUUAAAUAUUCACAGUUAUGUAACUAUUGGGCAUCACUCUAUCCAUCAGGGUUUACCAUAUAUUUGUUCUAUACCCAAUGAAUCUUUAGUUUUAUAUUUUCUGUUAAAUAAAAGUUUUCUCUUCUCUGUGUUAUUUCAAACAAAUAUAUUUUCCACAUAUAAUGUCUGGUAGGUGAAACACUAGGAAGAAAAGUUAUUAGGAGGCAACUUUAUAGAUAGACGGAUAGACCAUUUAGGUAAUGAAUACAGUACACACAACAUUUACCAUUUAAUGUACUUGAAAUAAUUCCCUUGAUAUAUGUAGAGAAUAGAUGUCCAGGGAAAUAAAGAAGGAAUAUAGAGAAAUGGGAAAGGUUGAUUAAACAGGUUUACCGGUAAUUGAAGAGAAUACAAUGGUUCAUUAUUUUGUUAAGAGAGUAACUAUCACUAGAGUCGAGCAGUGUAACCAGAAGGGAAGCCAUAAGAAAGAAAUUCAACAUUUUGAUAGAUAUAUUUCUCUCAUGGUGAUAUAGGGAUGCCAUUAGACCAUUUAACAUAAAAACUAAUAUUAGGGAAGAAAGUUGUUUUUAAAAGAGUGAUAUAUUAUGUGGAUACAGUAUUAGAUUUCAACUUGUUUCUCAGUUUUUCAUAUUUCAUUCUCAAAGAACAAACUGCUUUAAACUUCAACAGCUUACCGGUAACAUACUCACUCAUAGUGAUCCUUUAGGCAUUAUUUCUCUCUUCCAAUAUGUUGGUACAUUUUGAGAGAAAACUUCACUUUAACCGUCUAUUUUAUCCUGAUAAUCUUAACAGUGACAUCAUCUCAGAAUACUGUACUGCAUAACAAUUUUUUUCAUGUGUAGCAGAGACUUUUUUACUCUGCUUACCUAUUACUCUUUUCAUUCAUUCAUUCAUUCAUUAACACUAGUGGUUUCCAUUCAUUAUCUCUGUAACCAAUGGUCUGAAUACUACCUUACAGUUCUGUAGAUUGAUUCCGUAGUUCCUCAUUCCUGAUUGACAAGGGGUCACCAUUAGAAUUUUUUGAGCACUUUUCUUGACUAACUGUAGUCAUACUUCAUACUUGAUCAGGACUUUCACCCGAAGAACACCUUGGACCUACCACUACUAUUGAUGACCUUCAGUUCAUUCCUAGUGUUUACAAACUAGACAGUAGCAGAGACAUUACCCAACAGUACACCAUCGUCAGCAGCUACAGUACUGUACUUAAAUUUUUAAAUCACUUGCUGCACUUUUUUUAAUGCCCCAGCCUAUAUGCAUAACUUUGCCUAAAUUUUGUACUUUUGCAUGUAUUUUUAACUCAUUACAAGAACUGUACUUUACAGUAUAUGUAACUCUGUUCCUGACUUUACACUGACAGGGUCUUCUUUACGUGUAGAAACAUACUAAACUUCCUCCCUCUAUAGGGUGACCCCAUCAGAAGUGGGCUACUCUUUCUACCGUUAUUUAACAGUACUGUACUGUAUAUGGCAGUCCUUUGAGAAUCUGGAAUUGCAUAUACAGAAAUUUAAGUGAUCAGCUCUGAGUGUUUAAUUGUAAAUAACAUUAUAUCUUUGAACAAAGGAUUGAAACUGAAAAUAUAUUUUAGUUACCCAUUUUGCUCUGGGGAAAGGUGACGACUAAUUCAGGAUUACCACAUUACAAGAAAAUGUAAGGUGUACUGUACUCAGUAUAAUUCUUGUUCAUUUCCAUACGACAAAUACUGUAUUGUACACCAUUAUUGUAUUGUUUCAUGUAUAGACUCGGCCAUUGCUUAUUUUUUGUUGUUGAACAUGUUGUAUAAAAGAUAAAAAUGUAUAUAUAAAGCAUUUUUCUUUA